CCUCGCUCUGUCCCUCCCUCCUUCACUCUGCUCUCGGAGCUCCUUCCCUCUCCGUCUUUACCUCUGUGUCUCUGCUGCUGGAGGAAGAUGCUGCCCUGCAGACUGCUGCUGCUGCUGGCGCUCCUCGUGCUCUGCAAAGGCCAGGAGGAGAGCGGGGAGGAGGAGUCCUGUGACAACUUCACCGACCUGAACCUGUCUCACUGCUUUAUGGGGACCAGCCUGUACGUGCGUCUGCUGCUCUACACGCGCUUCAACCUGGACUGCGGUCGCGAGCUGGACCACCACCGCCCGUCCUCCCAGCCGCUCUUCGACGCGUCCCGCCCCACCGCCUUCGUCAUCCACGGCUACCGGCCCACCGGGGCGCCCCCCAUCUGGAUCGACCACCUGGUCCACCUGCUGGCGGAGCAGCGGGACAUGAACAUCAUCGUGGUGGACUGGAACCGCGGCGCCGCCAACCUCAACUACUUCACCGCCGUCAGCUACACCAGGGAGGCCGCCUACAACCUGACCGGCUUCAUCCUCACCAUGCAGGAGGAAGGAGCUCCUCUGAGCUCGGUUCACCUCAUCGGGGUCAGUCUGGGAGCUCACCUGGCCGGGUUCGUCGGAGCCAACCUGAAGGGGAAGAUCGGACGAAUCACAGGUCUGGACCCAGCGGGGCCCAUGUUCACCAGCGCCACACCAGAGGAGAGGCUCGACCCGUCAGACGCCAUGUUUGUGGACGUCCUGCACACCGACAUGGACUCGUUUGGACUCCGCGGAGCUCACGGUCACAUUGACUUCUACGCCAACGGUGGAGCCGACCAACCAGGGUGUCCCAAAACCAUCUUCGCAGGUAAAUCUUAUUUCGUGUGUGACCACCAGCGCUCGGUGUUUCUGUUCCUGUGCUCUCUGAACCAGACCUGCAGCCUCACCGGGUACCCCUGCUCCUCCUACAGCGACUUCCUGGAGGGGCGCUGUCUGCAGUGUGAGGCCUUCAAACCUGCGUCCUGCCCCGUGCUCGGUUACGACGUCAGCCAGUGGAGGGAGACUCUGCUGGGGCUCGGACAGACCAAAGUCUUCUUCAGCACCACGGCCACGCUGCCCUACAGGAAGCUGAGCUACAGAGUGGACAUGGUGACCUGGAACCAGUACCUCCGCUGGGGGGUCGUCUACAUCCGGCUGCACAGCGGGAGAUACUUCACGGAGGCCAGAAUAGACCAGAAGCUGCUGCGCUUCGAGCAGUACACCUCCACGCGGCUGCUGGCUCAGUUCGAUGAGGAUCUGCAGCCGGUGCAGAAGAUCUCGAUGCGCAUCAGCACUGGCAACGUGAUCGGCCCCCGUUACAAAAUCAGACUGCUGCGAAUACGCCUCACACCGCUGGAGCAUCCGGACAGACCUUUGAUGUGCCGCUUCGACAUCAUCAUGGAGGAGAACACGGAGGUGGCGUUCCGACCGUUGCCCUGCAGCUCUCGCCUCUGACCCCGCCCACUUUUCUACUUUUACGGGAAUAAAACGAACUGACCCGGGCCCAGACGUCUGUCCUCUGGGUGCUCCAAGCUCUCCUGAGCCUCCAGGGUCCAGGUGGAGCUGCAGCCUCCUCCUCACUGGAGGAUGAAGACGAGCUGACUGACUGGAGCUGUGGGACUUUUCCUGCUGGCUGGAAACUCAACAUAUUGUUACGCACGAUUGAAGCCAUGUUUGUUUCUGCUGGGGCUGAUGGAGAACGUUAAUCAGUGAGGUCAAGAAACACAAUUUCUUAUCGGAUUAAAGGGACAGUUUUAGGUAAUUCUGGGCUGUAUGAGGUACUUUAUACAUUCUCAAUGUAAAACCUGCAGUAGAUGGAGGUUUGAACGUCCCUAGAAAAAAUUAUUAGACCACCUUUUUUCUUAAAUUCCU